UCACUUCAGAUCUUCCAUUGCGUUCUUCCUCGGUCUCUCUCUCUCUCUCUCUCUCUAGCAAAGCUUGUUCUGUACAUCAAUUCUUUGCUCACGAGAAACGAAACACAGUAAAGAAGAUGGGAGUGCUGGAUCGUUUCUCCGACAUGUUCGACUUCGAGCUCUCAAAGCCGCGGAAGAAACGCAAGCCCAUGCAGACGGUUGAUAUCAAGGUGAAAAUGGACUGCGACGGCUGCGAAAGGAGAGUCCGGAACGCCGUUUCUUCCAUGAAAGGUGCGAAAUCAGUUGAAGUGAACAGAAAGCAAAGCAAGGUGUCCGUGACCGGCUACGUUGAAUCGGGCAAAGUACUGAACAAGGUGAGGAGCACGGGGAAGAAGGCCGAGCUGUGGCCGUAUGUGCCGUACAACUUGGUGGCGUACCCAUACGCGCCUCAGGCCUAUGACAAGAAAGCGCCUUCCGGCUACGUCAAGAACGUGCCCCAGGCCCUCCCGAGCCCCAAUGCUCCCGGCGAGCACUUCACCACCUUAUUCAGCGAUGAGAAUCCUAAUGCAUGUUCCAUCAUGUGAACGAUAUACGAGACAAAAAAAUAGAAGAGGAAAAAUUAGGGCAGCUACGUAUUUCUUCCGUGUAUAGAAGUUUCCUUUGGCUUGUGAGCGAGUUCCUGUUGUAGUUCGAAGUUUUUCGGUUUAGGUUUUAGAAGUUUAAUGUAAUUUUGUGUCUUUUGGUACCGUUUCAUGGUUUCUAGCGUCGAAGGACAGAUUUUUUUUGUUUUUUCCUACAUCUUGAAUAAUAAAAAGAUAUAUAGGUCUUUUUCUGAGUAAAA